ACUGCAGAGCCAUCUGCAGGCGUUCUCGUUGAUUGGUGCGUGUGUGUGUGCAGAUGUGCUUUCUCUUCAACAAUCAACACGGUGGUGUCGUGCGCCGCGUAUAACUGUCAGUUCGCUUUCGAACUCGUGUCAAGAAACAGGUCUUGUUGUCAUCCACAGUAAAUUUUGUAUUUUUCUACUUUCAUAUCGCAAAAACCAAAAUAAAAGUUAAAUAUGUCGAGCCUGAGACAGACGCCCUUAACGUGCGGAGGACACACGAGACCUGUAGUCCAUUUGGACUUCAGCCCGGUCAUCGAAAGCGGAUACUUCCUGAUCUCCGCAUGCAAAGAUGGAAAACCAAUGCUCCGACAAGGCGACACUGGUGACUGGAUUGGCACCUUCGAGGGACACAAGGGAGCUGUGUGGGGUGUAGCAUUGAACUCGAGCGCCACUAGGGCUGCUAGUGGAGCUGCUGAUUUCACUGGUAAAGUCUGGGAUGCAGUGUCUGGUGAAGAAUUGCACUCAUUCCAGCACAACCACAUUGUGAAAUCAGUUGACUUUACACAAGAUACAGCUUCGUUAGUGACCGGAAGUAAUGAAAAACUGGUCAGGGUUUUCGACUUGAACAAGACUGAUGCUUCUCCUGAAGUUUUUUCUGGCCACACUGCUGGUAUCAAGCAUGUCAUAUUAUUUAGAAAUGAUAAAAAUAUUGUAUCUUGUGCUGAUGACAAAACUUUAAGAGUUUGGGAUAGAACUUCAGGAAAGGAAAUACAAAAAGUUGAUUUCCCAACCAAUCCUACUGGCAUAGAGGUAUCUAAGGAUGGUACCGUAAUCACCGUCUCGCAUGCCAAGAACGUGACGUUCCUGGAUGCCGACACGUUAGGAAAGAUCAAAGAGUAUCCGGUGCCAUCGAUCGUGAACUCGGCCUCUUUGCAUCCGGACAAGAGUAUUUUCGUUGCCGGCGGUGACGACCUGAAGGUUUACAAAUUCGACUACGCGACUGGAACAGAAAUCGAAUCUUUUAAGGGUCAUUUCGGCCCCGUGCAUUGCAUGCGUUUCUCGCCGGAUGGUGAGCUGUAUGCAUCCGGAUCGGAGGAUGGUACGCUCAGAUUAUGGCAGACCACCGUUGGAAAGACGUACGGUCUGUGGAAGUGCGUGGACGGACCACAGCUGAACGAUUCUAUUACAUCGAAGGAAGUGUCGGCCAGUUAACAGACCAAGAACUGGCAGUGAACGAUUCACAUUUUCUUCUAUUCGGGAUUAUUCUUAUUUAUUAAGGACAAAAUAUUUUUUUUUAUAUAUAUAUAAUUAUUUACUUAACGUCUUCUCACACCUGUACGUCACGUGCGGAUAGGAUGUAGUACUAUUCCAUGAAUAGUAGACUCAAUUUCCAGCUAUGUUGGACCCACAUUCUUUUAUUUUAUUUUUCGCAUGAUGUUUUAUUUUCAUUUAUACAGAAGCUAUAUUCAGCUGUACGGAUUACAUUAUAAACUUCAUGUUUACUUCUCAAUCUCAAGACUUUCAAUAAAAAAAAACAUAUUUUAAGUUA